AACUUUUUUUGUGUGUAGUUACUCUUUUCAUGACUAUUUACAUUUCCAGCUCGGCGAGUCAAGAAAGACGGGAUGUUAUGACUGAACUUUAGCUCGUUUAUAGCCUAACUGUAUGGUUGCUAUGGUACCUCAAUGUAAAGAUAUAGAACAAUAUAGACAUAGAGAGCACAGCUGUUGUAGUUUUGAAGAGAAUGAAUUACAAAUGUAAUAGACUGAAAACCAGAGCUGAGUGAGUGAGCAAAGGCCGAGGAACUGAUGAGGACUUACUAAUGGAAAUGGAUGAUAAUGACCUACAGACGUCUUGCUGUGCUACAAGAUGGUCACAGCAACUGUCGGGCCUUCCACACAAGCUCCUGCAGCGCCUGAUGCCUUUCCAACGCGAGGGAGUGGAGUUUGCUUUGUCUAAGGAUGGACGAUGUAUGAUUGCUGAUGAGAUGGGUCUUGGGAAGACGGUGCAGGCCAUCGCGGUGGCAUACGCCUUCAGGAAGGAGUGGCCCCUCCUGGUGGUGGUGCCCUCGUCCCUGAAGUAUCCCUGGAUCGAGGAGCUGGAGAGGUGGAUCCCCGAGCUGCAGCCCGGAGACAUCAACCUGGUGGAGAACAAGAGUCACACCAUGGGCAUCAGCAGCAGUAAAGUGACCGUGCUGGGUUACGGCCUGCUCACCACAGACGCACGCCCCCUGGUGGAGGCUCUGAGCAGGCAGCGGUUCGCCGUAGUGGUGGUCGAUGAGUCGCACUACCUCAAAUCCAGGAACGCAGCGCGGACCAAGAUUCUGGUGCCGCUCAUUCAGAGCGCCAAGAGGGCCGUCCUGCUCACCGGCACCCCUGCACUCGGACGGCCUGAGGAGCUUUUCAUGCAGAUUGAUGCCCUCUACCCCAAGAAGUUUGGAACCUGGACUGACUACGCCAAGAAACACUGUAAUGCCCAUUACAGGUACUUUGGGUCUCGACGGCUGUGGGACUGUCGCGGAGCGUCCAACCUGGAGGAGCUGCACCAGCGGCUGAGCGGGAUCAUGAUCCGGCGCCUCAAGGCCGAGGUGCUGACUCAGCUGCCGCCCAAAAUCCGCCAGCGUAUCCCCUUUGACCUGCCGAAGGAGGCCGCAAAGGAGGCCUCAGCCAGCUUCGCCGAGUGGGAGAGGCUGAUGAAGGGACUGGGGUCGGGGGCCCUCGCCGUGGACAACCCCUUCACUCAGGUCAUGGGCCUGGUCACACAGAUGUACAAGCAAACCGCCAUCGCCAAGGCAGGAGCAGUGAAGGACUACAUUAAGAUGAUGCUGGAGGCAGAGCAGCUGAAGUUCCUGGUGUUCGCCCACCACCUCACCAUGCUGCAGGCCUGCACGGAGGCCGUCAUCGAGGCCAAGGUUGGUUAUAUCCGAAUAGACGGAAGUGUCCCGUCCUCUGAGCGAAUCCAGUUGGUCAACAAAUUCCAGAGUGACCCCGAGACACGAGUGGCCGUCCUCAGCAUCCAGGCAGCCGGUCAGGGUUUGACCCUCACCGCUGCCAGCCACGUGGUGUUUGCUGAGCUCUACUGGAACCCGGGCCACAUUAAGCAGGCUGAAGAUCGCGCCCACCGCAUCGGACAAACGACCUCGGUCAACGUGCACUACCUCAUCGCCAAGGGCACCUUCGACACCGUCAUGUGGUCCAUGCUCAACAGGAAGGAAACGGUGACGGGCAGCACCCUGAACGGCAGGAAGGAGUACCUAAAGGCCGACGAGGGCGACAAGGACAAGUGGGAGUUCCUCAACUUUGCCGACGCGUGGACGCCGAGCGAGCGGGCGCUGCCGCUGGAGGGGAACUCAGGAAAUGUCAAAGAGGACUUGUUCUUCACUCAUUUUGAAAAAGAGAAGCAGCACGACAUUCGCGCCUUCUUCUCCCCGAGCGCCGGCAAAGAGAAGAAGAGGAAGAGAACAGAAGAUGAAGGAACAUCUCCUCGCGUCCCCUCGGAGACGAGCGGCACCGGAACGAACCCGGAGAGAGGACAGGAAGUGAAAGAAAAGCUCUGCUCGCAAACUGGAGACGCGGCCGACGUGGACUUCUCGCCUCAGGUGAAGAGGCUCCGGACGCCACAGCCGAGCCCGAGCCCCAGGUCUCGAUUUGGCGGGAAGAGGAGGUCGAUGGGCUCCAGCAGCAGCCCCAGUGCGGUGUCGAUUAUCGCCCCGAGGACGCUCGCCAAGCCAGACCGCCGCAAUGCUGAGCCGUGGAGCUGCGGGGCCUGCACCUACUCCAACAGCAGCCUGUUGCCUUACUGCGAGAUGUGUGAAUUCCCGUGCUCGCCUUCUGCUGUCAUGUCAGAGCCACCCAGGCCUCGGCAACCCCCCUCCUCAUCAGAGCCGGACCGGGCAUGCGUCGUCCUCUCCAGCUCCGACAGCGAGCCGGAGCUCAGCCGGGGACAAGCCCACCAGCAUCCGAAGUCGCGCAAAGACAAACAGAGCGGGCAGGAGGAGGAGGAGGAGGAGGAGGAGGAGGAGGAGGAGGAGGAGGAGGAGGAGGAGAGGGAAGACAAACAGAAACUCGGAGAAGCAGAGGAGGAGGACGACAAGCAGCAGCUCAAAGGCAAACAAUCAGCAGGAGAGCGAGGCGACAAUGGCGCCGGCGCUGGCGCUGGCGGCCGCCUCCCCCCUGACCACACACAGGACCGGAGAGCUGCGGAUGCAAAUGACGAUGAUGAGGGCAAUGAUGGAGAAGAAGCCAGCGCCGCCCAUCCCAUCUACCCGAGCCUGCAGUUCUGCGCCAGCCAGUACACAGACCGAAUAUAUCUGUACUCAAAGGACGCAACGCCGCUGAACUUGAGCUUCGUCCCUCUGGACAUCAAACUAACCAACUGGGACGACCUGCCGGAGGCCUUCAGCCGGCGUCGGGAAAAUCGAAUACAGGUCCUGAGGUUCGUUCAGGAGUGGAGCAGCCUGGCAGCCAUGAAGCAGAAACUGCUCCGACGCAGCGGCCUCCUCUUCCACAGCCCAACUCUUGGCCUGCAGCAGCUGGCCGCCGCCCAGCGCCCUCACUCGAGCACCAAGAGGUACCUCAGUAAGGACGAUGUGGCUGAGGCCUCUCUGGACAAGGCCCAGCGGGAGGGGGGCAGCGUGCGACUGGUCACCAAGGAAAACUUCUUUGCAAAGAGGAGAUCUGCCGCGUCUGCGACACCACCUGCUUCAGAGAGGCAGGACGAGGCAGUGGAAGAGCAGCCGCCGUCAGAGUCCGGCUUCCUGCAGGCAGUGGACAGUGAGGGUGUCCCUAUGUGUCUGUCCUGCCAAAAGGCCUGCUCUACCACCGGCGGGGCCUGGGACACUAGAUUCUGCAGCCACAGGUGCCAGGAGGAGUUCCAGUUGCGCUCCAGCCAGACCUACAUGCGCGCGAGGGUGCUGGAGGUCGAGCAGGGUAUCUGUCAGCAAUGCGGCCUCGGCGCCCACGACCUGUUCCUGAAGAUCCGCGACGCCCCGCCCUCCCAGCGCAAGGAGAUGCUGGAGAACACUUGGCUCGCCCAGCUGACACUCAAACAGCUGAACGAGAUGAUCCGCGCUCCGGUCGAAGGGGAUUUCUGGCAGGUGGACCACAUCCGCCCGGUCUACGGCGGAGGAGGACAGUGCUCUCUGGACAACCUGCAGACGCUGUGCACCGUCUGCCACAAAGCCAGGACGGCGCAGCAAGCCAAAGAGCGGAGCCAGAUGAGGAAGAGUGUUGCAGCCGCCAAGGUUGCGUCAGACAUCAGCAGGUUCUUCAUCAAGAAGUGAGAGAGAGGUUAGGAAGGGUUUUGUUUAAUUCCUGAAUCAGAGUAAAAAAAACAAAAAAAAAAACGUAGAAGUGAGUGCUGCACUAGGUCAAAACAAAUAAAUAAAUAUAGAAAAAUCAGGUGCUCUUCAGGAGUGUUGGUGCUGAUUUCUAACGAGAAGCAUCAUGAUUACUCACUGUCAAAAACUCACAUUCACAUAUUAGAAACGCCGUUCAAUCUGCACGAGAAGGAUCAAAUGUGCAGAAAUCUCUCCCCCCUCCGAUGACAUCAUGGGAAACCUGCAUCAUCCCCGUUGCAGAUAUACUUUUCUUUUCUUUUUUAACAUAGAUUUAUAUUGAUUUUUCACCAUUACAAAGAUCAUUUAACACCCUUAGUGCUCUGACAUUCACAGCAGUAACAAUAGGAAUAAAUAGAAUAAAUUACAAAUUAAAUUAAAUCAGGAACAGAAAGAAAAAACCAACACAAAACAAGAAAAACUGACACUUUACAUUUAAAAAAACAGCGACCGCUGCAUCAAAUGCAAAUUCAGCCCCCCCCCCCUCCUUUUCUCGUCCCCGAAACGUCACAAGUGCGGGUAGUUAUGAUUUAUGACGCUCCCAUUUUUUCGCUGGAGGCUGAAAUGGAGCAGGUUGUUUUUGGAGAGAGUUGCGGCUAUUUUGAGAUUUUUGCAAACUUAGUGAAACGUAGCAGCUGAGAGAAGAAUUAGGGAGCUUUGUGAUUGAACUCCUCAUUGGUCGCCCUCAACAAGUGGAGGAUUGUAAAUCUUCCUUCUUGGAAGAUUGGAUGAACGCUCCACGGUGAAAUAAAAAAAAAACUAUUUUCA